CUCACAUUACAGAAAAGAUCGAAACGAAUGUUCAGUGUUUACAGUCCGAACUAGUUGUGUCUGUACAUAUCAAUAGCGAUUAAGUCAUAUAGUGAUGCGCAAUGUGAUCUGCACUACUGGCUUGGUGUGCGAAAUGUAGGCUCCGUGCUGCCCUCUCGCAUAAAAAAUGACAAGAGAUUAUAGACGCGCACUGAACGAGAGACCUCUUUAGUUAUUUUCGCAAAGGCUACCAUUACGAAGGAAGCUUUUAUUUUAGAAAUUCGAGGCGGACAUAUUUCAUUGACGUCGGGGAGUUCAGUUACUUUAUCGACAUUUCGUUCACACUCAAGUAAAGGUUAACUGUCAUGAUAUAAUAUACACAACCGUUUCUCGAUGUACCUAUAUAUAAAAAAAGUGAAUUUGAAUUAGCAAAUCAGCUGUUCAUUCUGUUUUAAAUUAUGAAUAACGAAAAUUGCGAUUCAACGGGAAGGAGGGAGAGAGAUGAUAAUAUUACACUUGCACCUGAAAAAGUGCAAUCUAGUGAAUUGGAAAUUGAAAAACAGAACCAUUUAGGAGUAGAGGAAUUAAAUAAAUUGACCAAAGUAAAUAAUGUGGAUUUGUCGGAUUUGGAAACGAAUGCAUUUAUUGCAAAUGGGGUCACGGAAGAGGCGAAAAAGGAUUUACUUGAAAGUAUCGUAGAUGUGUUGGACGACGUAAUGAAAAGUGGCAUCGAAACGGAUGACUUUACCGACAUUGAAAAGCAAGUCGAGAGUGUUAUUGAAGCAUUGGAAAAAAAUGAUUGCGGUGACAGUAUUGCUGUGGACAUUGAUGCUAACCUACCAGAGAGUUGCAACGAUGAAAUUACUACUAAAGAAUCAGAGAGUGCUAUUGGGUCUGAGGGUGUACAGAUCAACAGUUUUGAUUCUCUACAGGGUUUAACAAGUUGUGAUGGGGAAGUUGUGCAAACUUCAGAGCAGCAAAUUUCUACUGACGAUCAGGACAAAGGUGCGCUUACCUGCGAGCAAUCACAAACAACUGGAAAAGAUGGACAAACUUUGGAACAAUUGCAAAUUGCUAAUGAUGACAAGAUUUGCGAGAAAAAUAAUGGUGAAACAAUUGCAAGUGACAAGAAUAUUGGCAAUUGUUCAAUGGAUGAUAAAACUAAUGAAAGUCAACAAAUAUCUGAAUGUGAAAUAGCUGAGUAAGUAAAAAAUUUAUUU